UUUCUUUUUCUUUUCUUUCAUUUUUAAAAAAGAUCUUGCUAAUGGGCUACUUAAUGUCUCAAUUUAAACAAAGAUGAAAGGGAAGAAAUAUGCAUCUAUAAUAUUUUUUAUGAUAUUUUCAACGAUCAGUAACAAAAGAAUUACGAAAAUUCUGCACAUAUAUAUAUAUAUGUAUACAUAUUACUUUUUCUUAACAUACCGCAGAUCCCAUUCAUCGAUUCACUUCGUUGCACUACUUUCUUUCUCUAUCUUUACUUUUUUUUUCGAUACUCUGCAAAGGUGUAUUUAUCUCUCGCAAUUACUUGUUUCCUCCGCGUUUCCUUCGACCCAUUCCGCGCUCUAACUAUAUAUCGUUUUGGCUUACUCAUCCUUUUUCCUCGUAUCGUUCGCGCUCACGUCUUUUCCUCCGUGUCUCUCUUACAUAGCACGCGUAAUUGUACACGUAUACACACGCGUCGAUCACUCUCGUCCUGCUUUUUACACUCCCUCUUUUACCUCUCUAACCCCUCGAAUCCCACUGCCUGAUUCCCCUACUCAUAAUUCCCUUCUCUUUCUAUCAUAUACAAACAGCAUAUAUACUAACGACGAGAUCCAUUCGCUUGUUCACAAAUAGUGACAGAUUCGAAGUACUAGUUUAGAUCUAUCUACUAUUCCGAUCCCUUUUGAACGAUUUAGAUAUCUAAAAACUUUUUUUCAAAGAAAAAAAGUUAGUAAAUCUAAACAUAGUCGAUUUCGUUACAUUCUUUACGUAAUGUAACUCUAUCAUUUUUUUCCUUCUUGUGUAAAUUUGUGAAAAUCGCGUCGGAUACGUUUAAAUCUGUCAGUCUCUCCAGCAUGUCCUUUUGCCAACACACCAAUACACUGGCGCGUACCAUCGAACACACGUACAUGCGAUCGGGAGAGAUAGGCACAAAGGUUCGGCGUAGCACGUCCACUGCCUACUCGAGAACUCGGGCUAGAGCUCGAGCUCUCGAGCCCAGUCACGUGGUUCUUCGAACACGAAGGAUGUUUGUCGGGAUCGCGAAGUCAGUUAGCUGUAGUCCGUUCAGCGGGCAACAGAGAGAGAAACGGAUUAUAGAACGUGCUAUUGCUUGUGGACCAUUCGACGGACCGUAGAGGGGAGAGAAGGGUUCAGGGGACAUAACAUAGGAGACGAUAACGGAUCGAGGAUACCACGGACCGAGUUUCUUCAACCGAGUCCUCGCCGGUCUAACGUGUCACCUUCUCUUCGCCUCACCUCGUCUCGCCUCGCGAAGCCUCACCUAACCUCACUAUACCUCACCCCACUUCACCUCAACUCACCUCACCGCACUAUACCUCACCUCGCCUCGCCUCACCUCAUCUCACCUAAGCUUACCCUACCUCGCUUCACCUCGCCUCACCUCACCGCUUCACCUCGCCUCACUCGCCUCGCUCGCCUCGCCUCACCUCGCUUCACCUCACCUCACCUCACCUCCUCUCACUUCACCUCGUCCCACCACGCCACAAUUCGCCUCAACUCGCUUCAACACGACUCGCUUCACAUCGCGGCAACGUUUCGCGCUUGUUUCGCGUUUAAAUAAUCGAGCGUCUUUGAAAAUGUCGCGCGUUCCACAAAUCGAACCAGUGUUAUCCCGUGAAACUGUGAAUCACGAAAACACUCGUAUCAUCGCGUCGAUGAUUAAUUAUUGUUAAAUUAUUUAUUGGUGUUUUUCUUUUUCGAGAAAACGUACAGUUGUUCGGUAUAAAAAAAAAAAAAAGAGGAAGAAAAUAAGGAAUGGAAUAAAACUCGAAGGCGAUAAAAUUGAAGCGAAAGAGAAAUUAUAGAGAAUAAACAUCUAUGCUGCAUCGGCGCAUCUGCCUUCAUCGCGUCAAUGUUGUUCGCGUGGCGAACAUCAACAUCCAUGGAACGCAAAAACGUGACGCGGAUCAUUCGAUGAGCAAUUUAAUUGUUUAAUUUCAAAUUGCAACUUAACGUUAUCGAUCGAGGAGAAUAACAACUUCUGGUUUAAUUGUCUUCGUUAAUUAUAACCUGUUGAAUAUAUACUUUCAACUUUUAAUCACGAAUCCGCUUAUCAUUUAUCGUGUAGAUAUGUAUCGAUCGAGAAACCGGAGAUAAUCGAGAUUAUCGUUAUCACGAAUAAAUUUCCAGGCUUGAGUAUUCGGAUAAAAUCGAAAUGUUCGCGAAACGAUGAAUACAUAGAUAGAAAGAGAGAGAGAGAGAUCGGUGAAUUCGAAGAGAUCACGAGCAAAAUGCAAUUGGCAGCGACGCAAAGGCCUCACCCACCACCAGUGCCGCCACGACCCAGUCGGCAGGUGGUCGCAGAAGCCCUUAAAAGAUCACCAAGGCCGCCCUGCCCGACCAGGCAGGCCCCACCACCGCCCAACACCAAACCGUGGAGAUCCGAUCGAGAUCGGGCGAACAAUCGGCAACAGGUGUAUCCCGCUCCUGUUGGGCGCACGCUUGUUUACGAAUCUUCGAUCAAAGAGUCGUCGCUUCCCAAAGAAACGAGCAACGAAAGCGGCGGCGAUUGCGAUUCGCCGCUCGACAAGAAUCGCGAACCCGUUUCUCGAGCCGCGAGUGAAAGGCGCGCGGACGAGGACGACUGGACGCGUGGAAAUCCGCGGGAAAGGCGGCACCGCGUACCCGACCAGGAACAUCGGCCAAAUUCCACUACUGAAUCGAGCCCCAACACCGACGCCACCGCCGCCGCCGCUUCUUCCUCGUCUCCUCUACCGCGAGAGAAAGAGGAUCGCUCGAGCCCGUGUCACUCUGUGUCUCUGCUCGAACAUGCGCCCUCUAAAGAACGCUCCUUCAAUGGAGCAACCACGUCUGGUGAGAGAUCGCCGGUAAGCGAGAAAUCGAUAAGCAACGUCGACAGAACGUCGACUGGGACGAGCGAGAAAGCGAGAAUCGAGUCAGAAUCGAUAAUUUCUCGCGCGAAGGAAACGACCGUUUGCGACAACGAUGCCAAAAUUACUGGGCUCGAGUCGCGCGUAUCUCUGGACGAGGUACAGUGUUGUCACAUUUCGCCCGAUGUUUCGGAAUCGAAGAAAAGCGGGGAAAGGGGAGGCCCAAGUUUUUCAGAGAGAAACCAAUGCUCGGAGAGAAGCAAAGCUGAUGGCUCGACGCGAUUGCCAACGCCAAGCCAGAGAUCGUGUCUCGUGAAAUAUCGAGACUCGGCGAGGAAAAACGCGGAAAGUUCCACCGCGAUCCAAUCUUCGGUUUCGAACGUUGACCGUGCCACAGUGGUUGUUAUCGACGAAUCGGACCGUAAAGCCGCAUCCAACGAUCAUCCUGAUCACUGUGACGAUCGCAAUCACCACGUUAACCAACAUAACAACAACAACAACAAGGAGAAUGCGGAGAAUGACAACGACAAUGAUAACAUUCAUCGACAAGACUGGUUGGAAGCCGGUGUUCAUUAUUCGUCCACGCAGAUCAGAUUGUCCGGAGAAGAUGGCGACGUUAUCGAUGGAAGUCGAGUCAAUGGAUUUGAUCGUUGUGAAAACGAGAAAUUCGGGGACUUUAAUGUUCCAAGCAUACAAGAAAGGAUCGCUAUGUCUUCCCUGCAAGGUCUACCACCGUUACCGAGGAGUCUUAGUGGGUUCAAUUUGAGUGGUGGACGAAGCGAGGGUUGCGAACCACCUCCGCCGCCCACUAGAUCUUCCAGUAAAACGCAAAGAGGCGGUAAAACCCCGAUCCAAUCAUCGUCCAGGCCAUCACCUCCUGCUAGACAGCUUACCACAUUGGAUACACAACUGGCUAUACUGAGGAGAGAAAUGUUUGGUCUUCGACAAUUGGAUCUUUCUUUGCUCGCUCAACUUUGGUCAUUAAACGAAUCUAUUCAAGAAUUUCGACAACUUUUACAAGAACAAGAAGACAGAGCACCAUCCCCUUCCCCUAGCAGUGAAGAAGGGGAUGACACCUCUUAUGGAACUCAUCCUCCACCACCUCCGAGAAGACCAGCUCCUGGUGUACAUUUACACAGACCGCCUAGGCCACCCAGACCGCCUAGGCCACCUCCUAAUGACGAAUCGCCAUCUAGCGAGGAAUACGGAGCUGUUUGACGCGUACAGCUACAGAUUGUUCGCAUUUUAAUCCGUCUUUCUCGACUAUUUGAUUGUAAACUUUUACGCGUUAUAGUAGAUAAAAAAUCUUGUUUAAGGAAUUAGUAGAAACUGAAUUCGGCGAUUUAGAUAGCGAUCGAUGUACGGUCGCUUCUAUCUGUACAAGUUCUAACGAAGUUAUUAGAAUACAAUCUAAUGCAUCGUUAUGAAAAACUUAUUGAUGCUCGAAGGUACCUGUAAUAUUACGGAGACAUCGGAAAAAUUAACUAUUCAAGAACUGUUUUUUCUAAUUACAAUCCAUCGUUUCACGUGUCUCUGCAAAAUCAUAAUUGCAUCGCAUAAAUUUAUGGAAGAUUAACUAUUAGGAAACAUAUAUCAUUCGUUGACCCACGAAUUUAUCAAUGUCAAUCCAGAAGAACAACGAUCCUCUUUCUCUUAUAUAUAUAUAUAUUAGUAGAUAUAUUUCUUAUUAGGUAAGGAAGAAGUUUAUUGUCCUUGAUGAGAACUAUUUUCGUUCAACAUGCUCUUUUUCUCUAUUUGUGAUAUAGCAGUCGAAGGGGCCUUUAAUUAACUACGAUAUACAUUCGUUUGCGCUAAUCGAGAAUUAUCCAUGAUCAUUGAUUGGAAGACAUUACAAAAGAUCCGAGCCUACGGGAUAAUAAAAAACGGCUAGUGAGAUCCAAAGAACCGCAUUCGAAAGUUCUUGUUUCUUCCAUGUUUCUUCACUAUUACGUCCAUUACAGAAUUUUUUUUUUUCUUGUUAAAGUAAAACGCACUGAUACGCCAGACGAUAAGAAUUUUCGAAUUACGAUACAACGUAUAAAGAUUUAUGUAGAUUAAUUCGAGUGUGUAAAAUAAAGGAAAGAACAAAUGAUAUGGAAAA